GUUGUUUCGCUCUUUGUCAUGUGUUUACGUAUUGUGUUUACAAACCCUUCUAUUUGUGGAUAACACGAUCAAUUUCAUGAUAUAAUCGUCACACAAUUGAAGUUUUGUCAAUCUACAAAAGCACAAGCAAUGUUCUUAAAUCGAAUGUGGCGUAGAUUUUAUAUAGCGCCACACAACGCCAUCACAAGAGGGUCAGCGCAGGUUCAAUGUAUUCGAACAAAAGCGACCAACAGACUCGCCGGCAAUGUGAUAAGACAGAGCAAAAUUAUGGAAAAGUUAUACGGAAAUCGCUUGACAGGCAGUAAGAAGCGUUGGUAUCCUUUGCCAAAUAUGAAUGUUAGCAGCAGUAGCGGUGCUCAGCAACCGAACAUUGUAUUUCCUAGCUCUAAGUUUGGAUUGUCUUCCCCGCAUACCAACAAAAACAACUCUCGUCGUAUUUCCGUGCUGAACAAGUUGUUCAUGACAAACAUCACAGACCUACUGGCGACUGGAGCGGCAGCUCAAUCAAUUGUAGGACAAGGACUGCAUGUGACCCGUGUAAAGAUCUCAUGCGACUUCUCCCACAUAAAUGUAUAUUGGCUGGGACGCACGUGCUCACAAGAAGAUACUCUCGAAAUAGAGCUGAGGCGCUGCAGUAGCCACCUCCAGCAUGAGCUCACUCAACUGCGUCUCAUGGGUAAAAUGCCCCGGAUACAAUUUGUUCGCGACAAGCCGGCUGCGAAUCUUUAUCAAAUGCAGGGUCUCCUCUCAGAUCUACAUUUAAAUAAAAACUUAUCAACAGAAAAUGAAAUGAGGCAGAACGUUUUAGCAACAAACGUGCAGUGGCCUAAAAUGCGCCAAGAUGUCCUAGACCUAAACCAUAACCACAUUGUUGACACGAUUGUAUGCAAAAUGCGAAAGCUUAAAGAAGCCUGGGUAGAUCAUCUACAAUAAUAAUAAGCAAAUAACCAUGAAAAUGUUUUUAUUAUCAAUAAAAAAAUGGCAAUACACUGGACUCAUUUAAUGGGUACACAUGUACAUGCAUAUGUAAAUUGUA